AUGGGGGAGAGUCGGCGCUUCUCCCGCGCCUCCACGCUGUCGUCCUCUGACGAUGUCGCACACACCGCUGCGGAGGAACUCGCCGCGCAGAUUGACGACUGCGCGAGUCUGCUGCCGUGCAUCGACGCAGCAGCAGCGGUGCGGUCCAUCCGGCCGCUCACGCCUCGGGGCCGCACCGUGACGGCGUGCGUGCCGUGGCGCACAUCAGAAAAAAAGGAAGAAGGUGGGCGGUCCGUGGAAGUGCGCUUCGGCUACAGCGAGGCCUUCACGUGCGGCGGGCUCGACGGCGACGAGCGCAUCUACGAGUCGCUCAUUGCGCUGCUGGUGGCGCAUGGCUGCGGGGUGCCAGGGGAUGCGUGA